GCGAAUGCACCACUUACACUCGCGGUGUACUACUUGACGAUGUGCGUUUGUCGAAAGUAGAGUGUGCUUUACCGGCCUUUUACUUCCUCUUCUCGUGACACGAUACAAUGGCGUCCGGAAUCCUCUACACGUACCCGGAAAAUUUCCGAGCCUACAAGGCCCUGAUAGCGGCUCAGUUCUCCGGCACCCAGAUCAAAGUUGCCGAUGACUUUGUCUUCGGAGAGACUAAUAAGAGCGAAGCAUUUCUCAAAAAAUUCCCAUUGGGAAAGGUUCCAGCGUUUGAAACAUGCGAUGGAAAAUAUAUCACAGAAAGCAAUGCGAUCGCUUACUAUGUGGCUAAUGAACAAUUGAGAGGAAAAACUGAUAUCGAACGUGCAUUGGUUAUUCAAUGGCUUGGCUUUGCUGAUUCUGAAAUUCUUCCUGCCAGUUGUGCUUGGGUAUUUCCUUUACUUGGAAUAAUGCCAUAUCACAAGCAGACUGUAGAACAUGCUAAAGAGGACAUAAAUAAAGCACUCACUGCUCUAAACUCUCAUUUGCUUACGCGAACGUAUUUGGUGGGAGAACGAUUGACUUUGGCAGAUAUCUGUGUAGCCAUGACACUGUUGCAUUUGUAUCAAUAUAUACUUGAGCCAGAGCUACGUAAACCUUACCAGAAUGUAAAUCGAUGGUUCCAAACAGUCAUCUAUCAACCUGAAUCUAUUGCUGUAAUUGGUGCCUUUAAAUUGGCAGAUAAAACUAUCGAGUAUGAUCCUAAAAAAUUUGCGGAAACUCAGGGAAAGAGUUCAAAAAAAGAAAAGAAGGAUAAGGAUUCGAAGAAGGAAGGUAAGGAGCCAAAAGAACCCAAGGAGAAGAAAGAAUCUAAGGCUGCUGCAGAGAAGACCCCAGCAGUAGAAGACGAAGCUGAUGCAACAGAGGAGGCUUUAGCUGCCGAACCGAAAAAGAAAAAUCCCUUUGCUUCGAUGCCUAAAAGUUCUUUCGACCUUGAUGAUUUUAAACGAUUUUACUCCAACGAAGAUGAGUCUAAAUCGAUUCCUUACUUCUGGCAAAAGUUUGAUCCAGAAAAUUAUAGCAUUUGGCUAAGCGAAUACAAAUACAAUAAUGAACUAACAAAGGUUUUCAUGUCUUGCAAUUUAAUCAGUGGUAUGUAUCAACGAUUAGAUUCGAUGAGAAAGGGUGCGUUCGCCAGUGCCUGUAUAUUUGGAGAAGAUAACGACAAUACAAUCAGUGGCAUUUGGAUCUGGCGAGGACAGGAUCUUGCUUUUACACUAAGUCCAGAUUGGCAAGUGGAUUACGAAUCUUACAGUUGGACAAAACUUGAUCCAUCUAAAGAGGAAACAAAGGAGUUGGUCAAGCAAUAUCUUAGCUGGACUGGCACAGACAAAGAGGGACGUAAAUUCAAUCAAGGAAAGGUUUUCAAGUAAACUUUGCAACAAAUGAGAGAUAAAAUAAAAACGAAAAAUCCUAUUCAAACGAAAUAAAUCUAAAAAAAUGAUAAAAUAUCAGAAAACUUUACAUACGCCCUUCAAAAAUCCUUAUAUUUCAAGAGACAAAAAUCAAUACCCACAGAUCUCUUUCGCCUAAAUAUAUACGUGUUCCUUUCUUUCUGUCCACACAUGAUAGGAUAUACAUAUAUCUUUGUUUAUACGUAAAUAUAUAUACAAUGUAUAUUUCUAUUUUCCAAAAUAUAUAAGAUCCUAUCAUUUAUGAAUAUAUAAUAUUUAAAACUUGUGUACCAUUCAGAAUUUUAUCUUUAAGAAAUUAUUUAUUUUGAUACUUUGCUCAUUACUUCCCAUUUACAUCUCUGAUUAACAAUCUCGAUUAAUUAGCUUUUGAACUAUCGAUAUAAAUAACACGAAUCUCCAGUAAUAAGAAUUACACAUGUACAAGUAGAGAAAAA